GGGCAUGCUUGCUGUGCCCUUAGUCAAGGUUGAUGGAUCAAACAAUAUUUACAAAAGAGAGACUGAAGUUGCCCAAGAGCGUACUUUCAAAAUCCCUGCAGAGUUCUUGUAUCGUUUUUCUCAUCAACUUCCAGCAUGUGAUUUAGAAGGUGGGAAAUUGAUUGGAGUAUUUGGUGAUAUGCCACAGCAAGAUCCUUCGUCCAUCAACUCCUCAACCAGUCAGAGGCCUACAUCAUGCCCUUCAUCAGUGGAUUCGGUAGGUAAUUCACUAAAAAUGGAAUGGACAACCAAUGAUUUUACUCCAAGUCAAGUAUGGGCUGUCUAUGAUGGCUCUGACCAAAUGCCUAGGCAGUAUGCGCUGGUGAAUAAAGUUUUUAUGGCGGGAGCAGUUGAAGUGACUUUUUUGGAGCCUCAUCCCAAUCCUAUGGAUAAUGAAGAGAUUUCUUGGAUUGAAGAGAAUUUACCUGUUAGUUGUGGUAUAUUUAAACUAGGUUCCAGGAUUGCUGUUAUGCCUUUGAGUAAUUUCUCUCAUUUGGUGGAUUGUGACCGAACUACCAAGAAUCUGUUUUACAGAAUUUAUCCCAAGAAAGGUGAGAUAUGGGCGAUGUACAAAAACUGGAAUAGAAGAUGGAAGCAACAGGACUUUAGAGACUAUCAUUGUCGAAUAGUUGAAAUAACUUCAGAUUUCACAGAGCCUUCUGGCCUGAGCACUGCGAGCUUGGAAGAAGUUCCGGGAUAUAAAACUUUUUUCCAGAAGCAACUUUGUGAUGGGUUUGCAUUAAGCCGAGUAGUUUCAAGAUCAGAGAUGCUUAGCUUUUCACACCGAAUUGAGGCAUUUGUUGUCCCAGGAAUUGAAGCCCAUGGUAUACCUGAAUGUUUCUUGGCACCUAGAACCUGA